UGACAGUGCAAGCGUCGACCGAGUCUCACGCAUGACAGCCUCUUGAAUUAAUUACCAAAGAUUCAUCCCAGCUAAGGCUUUUGUUUGCUGGCGUUACGUCAUCUCACAGGAAUAUCUCCCCUGUCUCUGUGUGUGUGUGACCGCGCUAGCCCAGUUGCCGUCGCUCCGCCCCAUACAAUCAGCCAGACACGCGCACACACACACACACAAACAUACACGCACAAGUACCCAGCAGUAAACACACGCGCGCACACCACGGACACACCACGGACACACACGGACGGCGUGCGGUGGCGUUGCGCGCCCCCCUGUCAGCGCGCAUGCUCCGCGGGGUUACCCGCGUCUCCUCCUCGACUCGGCAGCGCCCGGGCGCUUCUGCAGCUGGGAUCGCACCGCGCUGAUUAGGAUGACCGCUGGGCACUGGCAUCACCACCCCCUGCACACCACCAGUGCCGCCGCCGCCGCAUUGCUGCUGCUGCCCUCCCCGGGAACAACCACCACCACCAUCAUCAUCAUCGCCGCCGCCGCCUUUGAGCCGAGGCUGCUGCUGCUGUUGCUGCUGCUGUUGCUGCUGCUGGGACGGGCGCGGGGGCUGCGCACUGCGGUGGAGGAGGCGGCGGCACCUCCACCAUGCCCGGAGGCACGCGGGGACUCGUGGCUCCGCAAAACACCUUCCUGGAGAACAUCGUUCGCAGAGCUAAUGAUACAAAUUUCUUGCUGGGCAAUGCGCAGAUAUUGGACUGGCCCAUCGUCUACAGCAACGACGGAUUCUGCAAACUCUCGGGGUACCACCGCGCCGAGGUCAUGCAGAAGAGCAGCACGUGUAGCUUUAUGUACGGGGACCUCACCGACAAGGAGACGGUGGAGAAGGUGAAGCAGACGUUUGAAAACUACGAGUCCUGCUCCUUUGAGAUCCUCAUGUACAAGAAGAACCGCACUCCGCUGUGGUUCUACAUGCAGAUCGCUCCCAUCCGUAACGAGCACGAUAAGGUGGUCCUCUUCCUCUGCACUUUCCGUGACAUCACGGCCUUCAAGCAGCCCAUAGAAGACGACUCCACGAAAGGCUGGACCAAGUUUGCCCGGCUGACACGCGCCCUCACCAACAGCCGCAGCGUCCUGCAGCAGCUGACGCCCAACGUGCACAAGGGGGAGAACGUGCACAAGCACUCACGCCUCGCCGAGGUGCUUCAGCUGGGCUCGGACAUCUUGCCUCAGUACAAGCAAGAGACACCCAAGACACCUCCACACAUAAUCCUUCACUACUGUGCCUUCAAAACCACUUGGGAUUGGAUUAUCCUCAUCCUCACCUUCUACACAGCCAUAAUGGUCCCCUAUAACGUCUCGUUUAAGACCAAGCAAAACAACGUCGCCUGGCUGGUGGUGGACAGCGUGGUCGAUGUCAUAUUCCUGGUGGACAUCGUCUUGAACUUUCACACCACGUUCGUCGGGCCAGCCGGGGAGGUAAUCUCCGACCCAAAGUUAAUCCGCAUGAACUACCUGAAGACGUGGUUUGUUAUCGACCUGCUCUCCUGCCUGCCGUACGACAUCAUCAACGCCUUCGAGAACGUCGACGAGAGCUGGAACGAGCGCGCCAUCACGCGAGGCAUCAGCAGCUUGUUCAGCUCGCUCAAGGUGGUGCGCCUGCUGCGCCUGGGCCGCGUGGCGCGCAAGCUCGACCACUACAUCGAGUACGGCGCCGCCGUGCUCGUGCUGCUCGUGUGCGUGUUCGGCCUCGCCGCGCACUGGCUCGCCUGCAUCUGGUACAGCAUCGGCGACUACGAGGUGAUCGACGAGUCGACGAACCUCAUCCGCAAACACUCGUGGCUCUACCAGCUGGGCGAGACGAUCGGCACGCCGUACCACUUCAACGGCACCCAGUGGGAGGGCGGCCCCAGCAAGGACGCUGUCUACAUCUCGUCGCUCUACUUCACCAUGACGAGCCUCACCAGCAUCGGCUUCGGCAACAUCGCGCCCACCACCGACGGGGAGAAGAUCUUCGCCGUCGCCAUGAUGAUGAUCGGAUCGCUCCUGUACGCGACCAUCUUUGGCAACGUGACCACGAUCUUCCAGCAGAUGUACGCCAACACGAACCGCUACCACGAGAUGCUCAACAGCGUCAGGGACUUCCUGAAGCUCUACCAGGUGCCCAAGGGGCUGAGCGAGCGCGUCAUGGACUACAUUGUGUCCACCUGGUCUAUGUCCAAGGGCAUUGACACCGAGAAGGUGCUGCACAUCUGCCCAAAGGACAUGCGGGCGGACAUCUGCGUGCACCUCAACCGCAAGGUGUUCAACGAGCACCCCGCCUUCCGCCUGGCCAGCGACGGGUGCCUGCGCGCGCUCGCCGUCGAGUUCCAGACGCACCACUGCGCCCCGGGGGACCUCAUCUACCACGCGGGCGAGAGCGUCGACACGCUCUGCUUCGUCGUGUCGGGCUCCCUCGAGGUCAUACAGGACGACGAGGUCGUGGCCAUCUUGGGAAAGGGUGACGUGUUUGGAGACGUCUUCUGGAAGGAGCGGGUGAUCGCUCCGUCGUGCGCCAACGUACGCGCGCUCACCUACUGCGACCUGCACGUCAUCCGGCGCGACGCGCUCAUCAAGGUCCUCGACUUCUACAUGGCCUUCGCAAACUCCUUCUCCAGGAACCUCAUCCUCACCUACACGCUCCGCAAGAGGCUGAUCUUCCGCAAGAUAAGCGACGUGAAGCGCGAAGAGGAGGAGCUUCAGAAGCUCAAGAACGAAGCGCCGCUCGACAUCCCGCCGGACCACCCGGUGCGCAAGCUCUUCCAGCGCUUCCGCCAGCAGAAGGAGGCGCGCCUGCAGGCGGAGCGGCAGCGCCAGCUGCAGCAGCAGGACCUGGAGACGGGAGGCUCGUUCUACGACAAGCUCGGCGCCGACACUGCGGGCCCCGCGCCGCCCGGCGUCUCCGCGGCCGGCGAGGCCCACCUGUCCGUGGUCACCCUGCUGCGGCCCAAAGUCCAGAACGCGGACGCCGCUCAGGUGCAGGUGGCCGACGCGCGGGCCGCCGUCUCGUCCGCGCCCAAGAGGGCCAGCAUCGGAGGCGGCGGCGGCAAGGGCUGGGCCAAGAUCAAGGGCCCCGCCGACUACCUGCAGGUGGAGGGCGCCAAGAGGGGCGAGUGGGCGGGCGAGCAGGUGGCCAAGGCCGAGUCGAUGGAGACCCUGCCGCAGCGGACGCGCGCGCAGAUGCACGUGCAGGACAUCCACCCGCCGCUACGCAAGACCGACUCGUGCGACAGCGGCAUCACCAAGAGCGACCUGCGGCUCGACCGAGCGGGGGACGCCAACGUCGCGGGCAGCCCAGUGAUCGGCGCGUGCGUCGGCGUCGGCGGCGCCAGCGGCCCCAGCACGACGCGGCCCAGCCCUACGGAGCCGAGCCCCGCGGCGGCGUCCGGCAUGGCCACGCUGGUGGCGGCCACCACGACGGUGGCGUUGAUGACCCCCCCCGCGGACGGCAAGCAGCCGUUCUCGCCGAUCCCCGAGCAGAGCCUCUACGCGGCCGUCGUGGAGGUGAAGCUGGAGCUCAAGGAGGACAUCGAGGCCCUGGGAGAGCGCGUCACGGGCCUCGAGAGGCAGCUCGCCGAGAUCCUGGGCCUCCUGCGCAGGGACGCGAGGCCACCCUCCACGGCGCCGCGCUCGCCCGCCCUCUCCCCGCAGGAUGUCUUCGACAUGUCGAGGCCCAUAACGCCGUCGCCCGACAAGGAAAACUUUCAAUUCUAAAACUAGCUUUAAACGAGAAGGUUUUGCAUAACAGUUUCUUGCUUCGGUAGAAGGUUUUAAAAAAAAAAAAAGGAUUUUUGAAACACGGUAGUGACGUAACGACAUUUGUCUUGGAUUUCUUAAAAUGCUGUGAACGUUAAUCACACUCUAUUUUAUAUAAAGUGAGGUGGUCAAGAAUUCCUUGUGGUGACUGCUGCGAGACGCGUGAAUGCGAAACAAGGUACUGUGCAUACGGCAAGAGGUGAGAAGAUAUCAUGACCGAGUUUACAGUGCUGCGUGUGUGUGUGAAGCAGCUGUGAAUAGGAAAUUGUUAUUUCCAGAUUUCUGCUCAAAAGUCAGAUUGCUUUUACUUGGAAUGCAUUUAGAGCCUUACACUUCCUUACGUUUUGACUGUGGUUUUGCCUGCAUGCAUCGUUCUGAAAAAACAAUAAGGAGACUAGGAGCGCCGCUAUAAAAUCACUAAUAAAACAAUACUGCAUGAGUGUUAUUACUUGAGGUUGCUAGGACGUCACACCCGUGAGCAGUGGAGUGAAGAUUCAGAGUGGAAGUCACUGGUGUUUUGAGUACAGUACUUCACGAAUGCAAUUAAAAUUGUACCAUAUUUUUGGGAGUUGUUUUAUAUUCAGGUAUGUUUUUUACGUAUUUAAGUCACGAAAUUACAUUUUCGAAAAGUGAAGAAACGUUUGAUGCUUUUUAUCAGGUUUUUACAUCGCUGCUCGUUGACGCUGCCGGUCGUUGACGCCAGCACUGAAGGGUUCGCACAGAGUGGGGCAGCUGUUGGAAGUGCAAGGCUCCAUAGAUUCCUUUUAAAUUGAUUUCUUAACACAAGACUUAAGUGCUGAUAUAGCAAAAAAAAAAUUACUUGGGCGUCUACUGCUAAGGCGAGAGGUAGUAUUUGUAUGAUUGUUAUUGUUGUCGUUGUUAUUUUAUGAUACGUCAUUAACGUGACACUAAACACUGGAGGGAAAUGUGGGCACGUGUUUGGAAAUGCGUUGUACUUGAAACAGGCAUGCAGCACAGCACUAUCAUUGAAUAUAACGUGCUGACAUGCCAAGCAAUCGUGAGCCCUUUGUGUGAGACGUCAAGUGUCUA